CGGGCGGCGGGGCAGAGUGGUGGUGCGCACGCGGGUUGUGUGUCUAGCCGUGUCGCCAUCUUCACCGGCUCGUAGGUUUCACACGAUGUCUGCUCCUUUAAGGGGGCCCGAUCAGCAUGCUUGGGCCCUGCUAGCCCUCCAGAAGUCCGCGCCAACUUCCCCUCACCGCGUGCCGUGGUCACCCGACAGAAAGGGAACCCCCAUUGCAAGGUUGGAAGGGAAAGAAUUCGAAUACAUGGUGCGGCAGAGUCGGGUGGUGAUUGGGCGCAACUCAAGCAAGGGCGAUGUCGAUGUAAACAUGGGCCACAAUAGUUUUAUAUCGCGCCGACAUAUCGAGAUAUAUUUCGAAACGCCCCAUUUCUACAUGAUCUGCAACGGAAAGAAUGGUGUCUUUGUGGACGGUGUGUUCCAGAGGAAGGGCGCCCCACCUCUCCAGCUGCCCAGACAAUGCACAUUACGGUUCCCUAGCACAAAUAUCAAGAUUCAGUUCCAGUCAUUAGUAGAUGACUUGGACCCCCCACCUGCCAGGGUCCCAUCUCCACCAAAAAGAAAAAUGCAACCUCUGAAAAUAAACAUUCCUGAACAAGAUGCCAACUUUGGUUCUCCAUUCCCCUCACCUACAGGCACUAUAAGGUUCUCAAACAUGGCUCAUAUAAAGUUACUAUGCUCAUUUGAAGGAGUAAAAAUAAUCUAG